AGGAAAAGUGUUCUCUCUAGUCUUAGAAAUGAUGACAGAUCGUGCCUUGGGAUCGUUGUUGCUGGCGGGCAACACGAUCUUCUUCAUCUACUACGUCCUUUGGAUUGGUGUCAUGCCGUUUGUGGAUGAGUCGCACUUCACCCAGGUCCUCUUUCUGCCGCGUGAGUACGGGCUGCUGCUCGCGGCACUCGUGAUGACGACCGCGGUGGGGAUCGGCAUGACGGUCGGCUCGCUGCACACGAUCUGGCGCACGGGGUACGUUCCACCACCACCAGCAGCAGCAGCAGCGACCAGCGGUGAAGUAGAUGUUGUCGGUGUGGUGCAUCGAGGGAGCGGCGACGAGAACCUGCAGCCCACAGGUUGA